UCUUGAUCUCUCUUCCCAAGUAAGCUACACUGAUAUCCAAAAUCAGAGCACUUACACUUAAAGUGGUUUAUCCACAAAAAUGGCGGUUACCUCAACUUCAUCCAUUCCUUCACUACUUUUUCAACCAAAAUCCAACUCACCUAAACUCUCUCUCUACUCUUCCUUCACUACCCCUAAAUCCAAUUUCUUCGCAUUUACUUCCCGCCAAACUCUCAUCAAUGCAAGGUUUGUUAAUAAUAUUAGGUACCCCAUUACUUUGCUUAAAGCUCAAGCUUCCUCUUUCAAUGGCCAAAAACAGCCUAUGCUUCCUCCUUACAAUGUUCUCAUCACCGGCUCUUCCAAAGGGAUAGGGUAUGCACUAGCUAAAGAGUUUUUGAAAGCAGGUGACAAUGUCAUUAUUUGUUCAAGGACAGGUGAACGAGUAGAAUCGGCAGUUCAGAGCUUAAGAGAAGAAUUUGGGGAUCUGCGUGUGUGGGGUACCAAGUGCGAUGUGAGGGAUGGGCAAGAUGUGAAGAAUUUAGUUGCAUUUGCACAGGAAAAACUAAAAUACAUUGAUAUAUGGAUUAAUAAUGCAGGAUCUAAUGCAUAUAGCUAUAAGCCUUUGGCAGAAGCAUCAGAUGAGGAUCUGAUUGAGGUGGUCAACACAAAUACCCUAGGCUUGAUGCUCUGUUGUCGAGAGGCUAUGAAGAUGAUGUUGAACCAACCUAGAGGCGGUCAUAUAUUCAAUAUUGAUGGUGCUGGUUCUGAUGGAAGACCAACCCCAAGAUUUGCUGCAUAUGGAGCAACCAAGCGCAGUGUGGUGCAUCUGACUAAAUCGUUACAGGCUGAAUUGCAAAUGCAGGAUGUGAAAAAUGUGGUGGUACAUAACUUGUCGCCUGGAAUGGUCACAACUGAUCUUCUGAUGUCGGGUGCUACAACAAAGCAGGCAAAGUUUUUCAUAAAUGUUCUUGCAGAACCUGCAGAAGUUGUGGCAGAGUACCUUGUCCCUAACAUUAGAUCAAUUGCUGGCAAUGGAUCAACAAAACCAACAUACAUACGGUUUUUAACUGGGGUGAAAGCCUACUCACAGAUCUUCUCAAGAAUUUUCUUUGGUGCCAGGAGGAAUAGAUAUGUGCUUGAAGAUUGAAAAGUUUGCAGCUCAAAUUUUUAGUAUAUUAUUAAGUUUCUUCCCUAUUAUUUUGCCCAUUUUUUAACUAUAUGGAAUAUGGGAAGCGGUUAUAUAAAAUCUAUAUUGAUUUAUCACCAAAAUAUAUAUUGUACCAUUUGUAGACUCUGGGAGCUCGAGAAGGAAGCUAUCUUUAUAGAAAAUACCGUCCCCUCAUCUCUCUCUCUGUAGUCAUCAAUAAUCACUAAAUAUCUAUUAACUAUUAUUAAAAUAAAACGUUGCUGACAUCAUCCUUUCUACAAAUUGUACACAUGUUACUCUGACAUAAUUUUUUUCCGCCAAUUUGCUAUGAUGAUGUCAUUAGUUUUUAUUUUAUUAUUUUUUUGCUUUACUUUUGUUUUUUUUUAUCUAAUAAACCUUUCAUAUGCUUUAUCCUUUGUCCCUUUCGAGUCCUUUUUUUUUUUUACAAGUAUGUUAAUGUUUCGAUGUUUAAAAGUGUUCUAUGUGAAUUUUUUUUGCUUAUUGUAUAUUUUACAAGUAAUAUGCUACAAUAGAAAUUACUUACUAUGUAUACAACAAAUUAUUUGAGUAGAAAACUUUCUUUCUCCGUAUUAUAAACAAAUCUCACAAUGUGUUUGUUUAAAAUCGUGCAUCGCACGGGAUCUAAACUAGUAUACUCACUAAAACACUCUAAUAAUGACA